UCAUCAGUGCCUGGAGCAAAGCCUUUGGCUGAGACCAAGGAGCCCAAUUAGGGGAGAGCCACAGUUCCAAUUCACAGUUAUAAAUGGGGCUCCUAUUCUAAUGGGUAGCAGCCAACAGUUUUGCCUCCUUCUCAUAAACGUGAAGAGCCAGCACGGAGUUACUACCAGCCCCUAUACUUAGAGUGGUGGUAUUGGAUCACAAACUGGAAGAAAGACUUUCUUCUCUGACUGAUGUAUUAGUGUUCUAACAUGCACCAAAGAUGAAAGACACUCAAUGAAGAAGUUAUUACUCCUUUUAUGAUGGAUGAAAAAUGAAUGAACAUAGCUACACGAUGAAUAAAUAGUCCAAUUUAUACCCAGGGUUCCCAGUGCCGAUUCCGACACUGUGAAGAGGCCCUUGGCAGUGACACUGUGUGCUCAUUAUGGAGAGAGGGAAAAUGUUUAGAUCCACUUUGCAGAUUUAGACACAUGGAAAUGCAGCAAAACUGCAGCAUUUCAUGCUUCUGGGAAACACAACCACUUGGUUGUGUGAAGAUCAGUUGUAUCUUUUAUCACAGCAAACCUCGAAAUAUAAAUGGAUUAUUUUUGCCACCAAGUAGCAAUAUCACACCGCAGAAAGAAACUCAGGAAGGAAUUCCACCCCUGACCCAGAGUCAGGAACCCCUGAAACCUCAGGAGAAUAUAUCACGACCCAUUCAUCAUCCUUUAGUUUUAAAAACUAACUUUGAGGAAGAAGAGGAGGAAGGAGAUGAACAAAAUGAUGCAUCUAGUUUAUGGACAAAGACUCCUGAAGAAAUUGAAGAAAAAAGAGCAAUAAAGGAGAUGUGCUAUAAAUCUGGUGAAUACUACAGAUUUCAUACUCCAGAUAUGUCAUCAUCAAAAAGCAUUGCCUCUACAGCAGACAAAGAGUUAGAAAAGCCUUUGGAAAAUGGCAGUGAAUUGCAAGAAGGGGAUGGUCUAACAGUUCCAACAAAAUUUAGCCUAUUUGAAAGGCAAGGUGAGAUAAAAGCAUCACUGGAUAGGAAGCCAAGGACUGACAUUGCUGCUUUUGAAAAUGGAGGUGGUGACUGUUACGUUCCACAGAAGAUCAUAUUUCUUGGAGUAGAUGAAAAGAAAGCUUUAACUGAAGAGAAAGAAAUUACCAUGUCAAAAUAUUCAAAUACUAAAGAUAACAAGGACAGCCCUCAUCCAAAGCGUUCCCUAACUACCCGACUAGUACCUACAACGCAUGUUUUAAAUGCUACUGAGAAUAUCAGUAUGAAGUGCAGAGAGGACCCCUCUUCAAUGAAUGAUGUCCAGCCAGUGAGGAAGCCUCACUUUAAAGGUGUGAAAAAAAGAAAAUGGAUUUAUGAUGAACCAAAGAAUUUUCCUGGCCCAGGAAUGCGGAGAGCAGUACAGACCCCAAAUCCCAAAAAUAAAAUGAGUUACCAUCGCAAUAAUAAGAACAGAAAUGCUGAGAAUGCAUCCUAUAUCCAUGUUCAGAGAGAUGCUCUCAGGACUGUCUCACUGAGUGCACCUCCCCGCAGCAGGCCCACAAAUAGGUCCUACAAUAAAGUCGAUGUUAACAAGGAACCCAAAGUCAACCUUUGUCCAGAUAAAUAUAUAUCAACAUCAUAUAAUGGUUCAGCCUGGAGAAAAAGAAUUCCUUUUUCAAAAACAUAUUCAAAAACUGAAAAGAUAUAUACAGAGCCAAGAAGAAAUGGGAGCAAGUAAAUCUGGAGGUUGAGAGAAGAGAAAAAUGAGUAAAGAGAAAAGUUCCAGAUAUCAUCUGAUUUACAAUCAAAAAUGAAAAUUCAAAGACUGAGAUAUUCAAGUACUCCAUACUAUAUACUGGGUAGCCAAAGAUGAUAAAAUGCAAAUUCUGAAAAUAAGAUGCAGGAAGUACAUUGUGCUCUUUCAAAACUGAUAAAAUGCAAAUUACAAACA